GAUUAUAUAGUUAUGAAACUGAGAUCUGAUCUCAUAUCUACCGAGUACCCUCACAUUUUUUUGAACGGGUCCAUCUCUCUAAGUUGAGUUUCUUCUUUAUUUCUCUCUUUACUCUAUAAUCUUAAUAAUCUUAAUUAGUAUUGACCUAAAAAAUGGCUGAUGAAGCUCCUCCAACAGAGAAGAAAACAUCAUCCAUCGACGAUGUUAUUGAGAGCUGCAUCGGCUCAACAGGCAUCUGCCAACUUUUGCAGGCGAUGCUUGUGGUGUUGGCAUGGGUUUUCGACGCGCAACAAACCUUCGCCAACGUAUUCACUGAUGCCAAUCCAUCAUGGCACUGCACCAAUAAGAACGACUCAUCAUGCCUUUCUGCUAAGAGCCCCUGCGGCUUGCCCCGAGGCUCGUGGUCGUGGAACGAACCUAAGCACGCAUCCAUCAUAUCUGAAUGGAGCCUUCAGUGCUCUCCGCCAAUCAUAGUUGGAUUGCCUGCAUCUGCAUUCUAUUUCGGAUGUCUAGUCGGUGGUCUAGUCCUAGCUACGGCCGAUUCUCGACUUGGUCGGAAGACAAUGCUUGUGAUUUCCUGUCUCGUAAUGUCCCUAGCUGCCGGUUUGGCAGCGUUAUCUCCAAACGUGUGGGUCUAUUCAGUCCUCCGAUUCUUCUGCGGGGUUGCACGGGCAACUGUAGGUACGAGUGCUCUCGUUCUGUCUACAGAGAUGGUUGGUAAAAAAUAUCGUGAUAGGAUUAGCGUAAUGAGUUUCAUAUUCUAUAGUCUUGGAUUCUUGUCUCUCCCCGGGAUUGCUUAUUUGAACAGAGGCUUGUCAUGGGGGAAUAUUUAUCUAUGGACUUCAGUUCCUUGUUUCUGCUAUGCCAUUUUGGUUUACUUCCUGACCUGCGAAUCUCCAAGAUGGCUAUUUGUCCGCGGACGAAAGGAUGAAGCAAUCAGCACACUAAAGCGUAUAGCAAAAUCUAAGGGACAUAUCAUCAAUGUUGACUUUUCAAAUUUGUCAAUCCCCGAAGAAAAAUUUAGUGUCGGUAUGCUGUCCGCGUUGAAUACACUGUGCAAAAAGAGAUGGGCGUUCAAGCGAUUAACAAUGGUAAUGACAGUAGGCUUUGGAGUCGGGUCAGUGUACUACGGUAUGCCACUCAACGUAGGCAAUCUAGGCACAAAUCUCUACCUAAGUGUCGCAUACAACGCCUUAGCUGAACUUCCUUCGUCUCUAUUCUUCUUCUUCUUCAUGGACCGAAUCAGUCGAAGAUAUACAACCUUAGUCCUCACUUUGCUAAGCGGAGUAGCUAGUAUCUUGUGCGUGUUCUUGACUGCCAGAGGAUGGCAACUGGCAAUGGAGGUUCUCUCGUUCUGUACUGCAGUGUCUGUAUUUAAUGUGCUGAUGAUUUACACAAUGGAGCUGUUUCCGACUAGUGUGAGGAACUCUGCGGUGUCAUUGGUGAGACAGGCGCUCGUGCUCGGGGGAGUUUUUGCACCCUAUAUUGUGGCGGAAGGGAGGAAGUGGAGAUUCUUGUCAUUCGGAGUGUUUGGAUUGGCAGUCGGAUGUUGUGGGAUGUUUGCGGCUUUCCUGCCAGAGACGAGGGGGAGUGGAAUGAGGGACACAAUUGAGGAAGAAGAAUGUUAUGAGCAGAUUGCAUCGUUCGAUAUUAAUCCACGAGUUUGCCAAUGACACAGAGGAGCCUAUAAGAUGAUCUUGAUCUGUAGAAAAUAGCAACGCCAAUAAAAAUUAGCAAUUUUCACUUCGUAGAAAAUUGUAAAUUUGUAUUGUAUUUGAGUUAGAAAGCUCUUAGCAGAUAAUCACCCCCUGCGUUUAACAAUGUUUUUUCUUCA